AUGAUUGAUGAUGUUGUCUAUUAUGUUGCUGCUGCUGAAUUUUCAAGAGAAAAGGGAGCAACUAGAAUAUACGUUAUAGCCUCACAUGGAAAACCUUUUUUCAAUCAUUUAUCACAAUCACUAGAAUCAUAUGAGAAUCAAUUGUUAACCAAUGAUUCUCUAGAUUCCAUUUCAGUUAACCAAUUGAUUAGGAAAAUUAACCAAUUGCAACAAGUUCAUCGUCUUCCUAAGCCAAACAAUUGGAUCACUUGUCGAGGAUCUAAUCCAAUUUAUCGAGGUUACACUUGUUCCUUGUGGCUUCUUUGGCACACAUUGUCUGUAGCCGAGUAUCUCCAAGUUGAUGGACAAUUAACUAAUCAUCAGGUCGCUUUUACGAUGCGUUCAUUCAUCAGAGACUUUUUCUCAUGUCAAGAGUGUCGACAACAUUUCAUCAAUGAGACAAUCGACAUGUUCCAAGUAAUUCAUCAAUCGGAUCCAUUUUCAUCUAUUCGAUAUCUUUGGUCUGUUCACAAUUCAGUCAACAAAAGAAUCGCCGGCGAUCCAACUCAAGAUCCGUUCUUUCCAAAAGUCCAAUUUCCUUUACAAACUCAAUGUUCCAAUUGUUGGACUCGAGGCCGAUUUAACGAUAAUCAAGUCAUUCAAUAUUUGAUUAAUCGAUACAAUCCUUCCAAUUGGAUUCCCUGCGAAAAAACCAAAAAUUAA